GAAAGGAAAACCAGUAAUACUGUUUCGAAUGUAAUGGCGAAAAUUCAAAAGUUUUCUGAUGCUGAUCGUACUGCUGUUCAAGAAAAGUUAGGAUCUCAUUGGAUCUACAUAAUCGAUAGCGGUGGGCAACCACACUUUCAUAAUCUACUGCCACUCUUCAUGCCCAAGAUUUCUGUAGCUCUGUACACUCUUCGUCUCUCUGACUGCCUUGACGAUCAUCCGCUGGUUAAAUACUACAAGGACAAUCAGCCACUUGGUGAAGGUUUUAAGUCACGUCUCUCAGUUUUGGAUAACUUCAAGUAUCUCGUGCAGUCAAUUCAAUCUCACAGUGAAAACUGCAAGCUGGUAUGCAUUGGUACUCACAAAGACCGUCAAUCUGAAUGCAAGGAAACGUUGUUUGACAAGAAUAAAACUUUUUUAAACUUUGCGGAGAACGAUUGUAUUAGGAAGUUUAUUUUUUAUUUCAAUUUGAGGAGAAAAGAUGUCAUAUUUCCUAUUGAUUGCAAGCACUGCGAUUCUAACAGUAAGGAAGUGGCAAAGACAAUUCGUGAAAUAUCUCAAGAGCUGAAUAAUAUUGAAAUCUUGGUUCCUUUUUGGUGGUUUGUUUUGGAAAUUAUUGUCGAAAAGGUUUCCAACGAUGAAAACAGAAAAGUUUUAAGCAAGACCGAAUGUGUAGAAAUUGCAAAAACGCUGCAUAAUUUUCACGAAGAUGCACUUUGUGAAGCUUUAAAAUUUUUCCAUGAGCAUCACAUAUUUCACUACUAUCCUGCCAUUCUUCCGAAUGUGGUGUUUUGUGAUACUCAAGUGCUUCUCGAUAAAGUAACAGAACUUGUCGAGUAUGCUGCGUACAUCCAAGGUAGUGAUGAUCCAGCAUAAUUAUUAUGGAAAGUGGCUUAACCGAGGAAUUAUUACAAUUGAACUUUUAUCUGAGAAUUUUGAAAAGCAUUAUGUUGAUGGACUUUUUUCACCCCAUGAUCUCAUUGAAAUAUUCCAGCACUUGCUGAUAGUCACCCCAUUUCGUUUGUUCUCACAAAAGCAAAACAAGCGUUUCUAUAUGCCAUCACUUUUAUCUUUGCUCCCACCAACUCAAGUCAAUGACAAACGAGCUGAUUUGCUUAAGACCGGUUUAAUCCCACUCGUUUUACACUUUAAAAGUAACUGGCAGUGCUGUGGAGUGUUUUGCUGUCUACAAGUGUACCUGAUUAAAGAAUGUGAAUGGGAAAUUGAAAUGGAAGAUCACCAGCCAAGUAGAAACUUUGUACAAUUGAUUCAUCGAGAGGAAGAUUGUUUUAUCACGAUAAUUGACGGGUUUUCAUUUCUUGAAGUUCAUUCCAGCAAUAAUCGAAAAGACAUGUUGUCGUUGAUAUAUGAAAACGUUCACUCUGGUCUUCGUUUAGCAUACCAAGCCCUGAAAUACUCGUAUGAGGAUCCUGAAGUUGCAUUUUUGUGUCCCCAUGAAUUGCCCUCUACUGAAGCAAGUGCAAGUCCCCAAGUGCCCCACCACCCAGCUCGUGUUCUGGCUAAAGGCACUUCUAUGAGGUGUACUCAACGCAAUAGGAUGAUGUAUAAGUUAGGAAACGGUCACAAAGAUUGGCUCUCGGUGUGUUGUCCAUCUAUGAGUGUAGCCAGUGCGGUAUUGCAAUCGGAAACUGACAAACUGAAAGGGUCAACAUUUGUCUUUUUGAUUCAACCCAAAGGCGUUUACUGUAAACCUGGAGAUGAAGCUGAAUUUACAGUAUCGACAUCACCAUCUGAUAGAUCUAUAUAUACAUAUCAGUGGUUUUUUGACGAUCAAGCAAUAU